AUUCGCGCCAAAACAGAUUUGUUGUAAAUGAAAAAAGAAGAAAAGUAGAACUCAACCCAUUUCUCCAACUGCUGACUAAGAAUUAUUGAAUUGAAUAUUGACACAAAGCGUAAUGGUAAAUAACGAAAAUAUGCUUAGUGCUGGUCAGCAGGUCAUAUGGAUCGGAGAACACGGACUGAACACAUCUGUGAAAAGUUUGGAACACAAGAAUGUGUAUUUUUACAAAAAGUGCGUCUACGGGCCAUUAACAUUGUCUGUGGGUGACUACAUACUGGUGGCCAACGCCGACGCUGCCGAGCCAGACACUGUGGAGGGCUGUGACAUUGCCAAGAUCUUGCAUCUGUACGAGCUGCGGGAGAUGACCAACAAGGAACCCUGUCGUGCUAUAGUACAGUGGUACUCACGCCCACAAGCCAUACCACACAAGGUGUUUGACGUAGACAAUUUGGAAAUUGAUUUCAUUGUGGAGAUCAUUGAGGAGCAUCGACCCUACGACAACGACGUAGCCUUGGCGUCCAUUUUCCGCAAGUGCCUUGUGCUGGAAGGCAAUUCAAAGACCAGCGCUUCACAGUUAAUUCAAGAGAACAAAGUAAAGCACAGCUGUCCCAUGUUUGUAAGCCGCUACAAAUUUAUUAAGGUGAAAAAAUCCUAUCGCCUCAUACCGCUCGAGAUACAGCUCGAAGACACGGACGAGGUAAAGCGACAACGCAGCACACCAGGCGGCAAGUCUGCCUCAGCGCGUAAAUCCAUAACACGUAGACGCUCCUCGGUAUCAGCUGCUGCAGCUGCAGCUGCUAUGGAGUUUGUGGAUGUGAACUAUUAUAACUGCGAGAAUAAAGUGUCGCCCAUAAAAAUUGUAGGCGGACGCAGCGUUGUGCGUCUAUCCGAAAAGAAGAAGAGCUUAAACGCUGAUGGUGAAAUUAAUGCCAACUAUUUAAUGGCCUCACCAUUAACCGAAAAGAAUGGUAAGGUGAGCACACCCAAGUCAAGAGCAUCAGCUGCCAGACGCAACUUGAAUCUUAGUCUAGACAAAGGCGCCGAUAGCACCGCUGACUCCGACUGCCUUAACUACUCCAUAGUGCAACAAACACCAGAUCCAAAAACGCCCUCCAAUGAUAUGAAAAUAAAGCUGCGUGUUUCGGAACGCAGAAAAUCCGUAAGACUUGCUUCAGAGGAUGAAGAGCGUGAUCCUUUGGAAACUAUGGAAACGCCCAACACGCGACGCAAACGCUUAGGCGUCAACACUGGAGAUAUUUACCAUACACCAACCAAAAAAUCCAAAGAGCUGCUCGACACUAUGGGCACAGAGCUGACGCCUUCAACCCGACGCAAAAGCAUACUGAAGUCGGCUACAACUCGCUUGGCUGAGGGUACCCCGAGACGCAGCAUUCAGCUGUCCAACAUUGUAGAGCAACGCAUAUUUAAAGAUGAUGACAUUAUUUCAACGCCAAAGCGCGCUCGUUCGAAGCUUGCAGAGGACGUCGACUACACGCCCAAGAAAUCCAGUCAAAAAACCCCCACGCGUCCACGACGUGUAAGCACAGCUAUUAGCGCUUCAGCUAGCAAAUCCAAGGAGCAGGCACCACUGACUCCCUCGCAGAAACUCAAAAAAAUACGCUCAGGUGAGCUCAGCCCCAGCAUGGAGCAGCGUUGUCAGCCGGUAGAUGCAGCACAAAAGUCACAGCUGCAGCUGGCACGUGAGCAACUGCAUGUAUCAGUAGUACCCAAGAGUUUACCCUGUCGAGAGAAGGAAUUCGACAAUAUUUAUAGUUUCCUAGAGGGUAAAAUCGAGGAUCAGUGCGGUGGCUGCAUGUAUGUGUCCGGCGUGCCGGGCACGGGUAAGACAGCCACGGUUACGGGUGUAAUACGUACACUGCAGCGACAAGUGGAGCAGCGCAAGCUGCCCGCUUUUGAGUUUUUGGAAAUAAAUGGCAUGCGCUUAACCGAACCACGCCAGGCUUAUGUGCAGAUCUAUAAGCAAUUAACAGGCAAGACUGUAACCUGGGAGCAUGCGCAUACGCUGUUGGAGAAGCGCUUCACGACGCCUGCGCCCCGACGUACUACAACAGUACUGUUGGUGGAUGAGCUGGAUAUACUAUGCAAUCGCAGACAGGAUGUUGUCUACAAUCUGCUUGAUUGGCCUACCAAAGCGGCGGCCAGACUGGUGGUGGUGACCAUAGCAAAUACCAUGGAUUUGCCAGAACGAGUGCUCAUGGGCAAGGUUACUUCGCGUUUGGGUCUGACACGUCUCACCUUUCAGCCCUAUACACACAAGCAGCUGCAGGAGAUUGUCGGCGCACGUUUGGCCGGCUCUGAGGCAUUCAAAGGUGAGGCUGUGCAGCUGGUGGCGCGCAAGGUGGCUGCCGUUUCGGGCGAUGCGCGUCGAGCUUUGGAUAUUUGCCGGCGUGCAACAGAAAUUGCCGACACCAAUGAGGCUCAGUCUAGCCAGAAGUGCGUCAACUUGCUGCAUGUGCAGCAAGCGCUAGCUGAGAUGAUAGCCAGCGCCAAGGUGCAGGCCAUUAAGAACUGCUCGCGUCUGGAGCAGAUUUUUCUGCAGGCAGUUGCUGCGGAGGUGACACGCACUGGCGUGGAGGAGACCACCUUUAUGGGCGUCUAUCAGCAGCUGGAGACAAUUGUUGCAUUUAUGGGCGUGGCGCUGCCAGCGCCAGGACGUGCGCUUAGCUUAUGCGCCAAGCUGGGCGCGGAGCGUCUCAUAAUCAGCGAGCACUCGCGUCAUGAUCUCUACCAGAAAAUACUACUCAAUGUAAGCACCGAUGACAUACACUAUGCGCUGCGUGUGGAAGCCAACUAAUAGAGAAUUUU